AAAACAAGCACAUGGGGUUUCAGUAUGAGUCAGUAUCAGCUGCUAGAAUAAUACCUCAGUAAAAAAAAAAAAAAAAAACUGCAAAGUUUCUUGUUUUAUUGUUCCAUAUACACAAUAACUGAUAUAUCGGAGGAGUUCAGGUCUAGAAGUAGUCUACAGGACAGAAGACUAUGUAACUGUGUAACAUACACACAGAGAAAGUGCAAGUGAAGUACGGGGUUCAAAACCAGUUGUGGGAGGACUGUUUUCAACAGAUGGUCUUAUUAGAUCAGACACUGAACAACUGAAGAAAUGUUUGUUUUGUUCUGGCUGUGCUGGUGGAGUCUGAUCAGUGUUUUUGUUGCUCUGAAAGAUGAAAUACAGUCAGUGUCAGUGAUAGAGGGAAAUUCUGUCCUUUUACCCGUGGAUGUUACUGAAAUACAAGAAGACGACAAUAUACUGUGGAAAUUUGGAGCUGGACGUAUUCUCAUAGCUAAAAUCAACAGACAUAAGAAAAACAUUUCCACAUUUGAUGGUCCUGACGGGAGAUUCAGAGACCGACUGAAGGUGGAUCAACAAACUGGAUCUCUGACCAUCACAGACAUCACAACUCAACACGCUGGAGAUUAUCAACUACAGAUAAUUGGUGAAAAAUGGUCGUCAAAAACAUUCAAUGUUUAUGUCUAUGGUCCUCUACCCACUCCAAACAUUACCAGAGAUUAUUCACAAAAUCUUUCAUCAUCAUCAUCUUCAUCACAGCAGAAUUGUUCACUGGUGUGUUCAGUGGUCAAUGUGGGUCAUGUGACUCUCUCCUGGUACAAAGGAAACAGUUUAUUGUCCAGCAUCAGUGUGUCUGAUCUCAGCAUCAGUCUCUCUCUACCUCUGGAGGUGGAAUAUCAGGAGAAAAACAGCUACAGCUGUGUGAUCAACAAUCCCAUCAGAAACCAGACCACACAUCUUGACAUUACUGAACUCUGUCACACACACCCAGCCUCAGUUUCUCUGACAGUGUUGAUCUCUGCUGCUGGAUCUCUGUUGAUUGUAGCUGCAGUCAUGAUGUGCUGCAUCCGCAAGAAAAGUAGAAAAACUGUUACUGCAUUUAAGACACUGGAGGAAGACAGAACUGAUUCAUAAAAAUCUCAAAAACCAAAAUCAAAGGCAGAUGCUGUGUAUAAAAAUGUCCCAAAAAAACAAUGAUCAUAUGCUGUAUCUACUGGAACUGAUGCCAGACUACAUAUGGGACAACACCUAACUUUUGGCUUUAUUCACAUUUAUUCUCUGCAGUAUUUCUGUUCAGUCUUCACUCUUUGUAUCACAUCUUUUGGUGUUCAUGUGAUGUCUGCUAAUUUUGUUUUAAUAUAGUGGUUCAUCUGUAGCAUAGCAUCCAGAAACUCAACUAAAAUGCUCUAUUUUUUGUCUAUCAUAUGGAAAUAAACCUAAUAUUUAUUGUUAAA